GGUCUGUAUCAAAUACAGAUGACAUGGCACACACAACAUUUGCUAUCUUUGGGGGCGGUAUUAUGAGUAUCGAGUAACACCACUGUUAACGCAAUAAUACGUGUUUACUCUAAACGCUUUAACGUUCAGUUGAUAAAUAACGAUGGUGCGUGUAACAAGGAGUGCUGUCUGCUGGAUUUUCCUGCUCCCCUUCAUCAGAGCAGACAUGUACCGCGACCAGACCCUACACCAGGAGGCCCAGUUGCACAAAGAUAUAUUGGCUGACUACAACACUGAUUACCGACCUGUGAAAAAUCACACACAAGCAGUCACUGUAAAAGUUCGUUUUGCCGUCAAAUACCUAAGUUUUGACUAUCUAGAAGAGACUUUUACUGUUCACAGUUGGGUAGCAAUGAACUGGAUAGACGAAUUUUUGACAUGGAAUCCGAUCGACUAUGGAGGUGUUAAAGAAAUCCAGGUAGAAAGUCACGAAAUAUGGAUACCACGUAUGGCGUUAUUCAAUGCAGACGUGACCAUGUACCAGUCAGAUCAAUUCUUUACCACUUGUUCCUUGGGGUUUGCAGGUAACGUGACUUGUGUACCGCAUAUUGCACAUUCUGGUAUUUGUAGCACAUCGUUAAGACGAUGGCCCUAUGAUCAACAAAAUUGCACAUUGUACUUUGGCUCAUGGAUGCAUAAAGGUGAACAAGUAAAUUACACUUUUUAUCCUAAAGCUCCCGUCGUCUUAAAUGAUUUUACAAACGGACCGGCCUGGAAACUGCUGCAUGUAGCAAACGAACGAUUACCGGGGAAAUAUUCCUGCUGCCCUAAUGAGACAUACCCAAUGUUAAAAUAUACGUUUGUACUCAAGAGAGAAGCGGCUGGGCCAGCAGCAAUUGUAGUUGUUCCAUCUAUAGUCAUUGUGCUGCUGACUAUGACUUCGCUCUUAUUGGGCGUGAAGGACAAUGUUAGAUUAUUACUACUUUGUUUUAGUCUUUUUGGCCACUUUGUAUUUCUAACCGAAAUCGGAUACGAUAUACCAAAACAUGGGUCAGAAACACCAAUAAUUUUACUCUUCGUGAGAGACUCAAUGUUGCUGACAUUGAUUGCAAUCUUGCUAACCUUGAUGUUAAUGGCACUAAUGAAGCGCAAUGAUCCGACUCCACGUUGGGUGACUUACGUGGCUAAUCUUGUCGGUACAGGACCAGCUAAAUAUAUGGUAUUCACCGAAUUUGAUCCAAGUGAUUCUUUGAAAACCAAAUUGGCGGAAGACGAAGGCAAUGCAAGCGACGAACCACAACGUGCUGUCAACGACUGGGUAUCAUUUUGUAGUAUUAUCAACAGUGCAGUGUUUAUCAUUUGGCUUUUAGCUUACUUGAUAUUGAUCAUAACUUAUAUUCCCGCGGAUAACUAAUUUUAUUUUGUUGUUGAUAGAAAAUUAAAUAUUCUCAAAGUACCUAUCUACCAUAGUCACAAUACUGUCAUAUCUAGACGUAAGCUGUGUACUUAUGUUGAUUUGAUAUUUAAAACAUUUCAUAAACUUCAUUUUAACAUCA